GUCUUAUAUAACCCUGUUUUAAACAGGAACCAGCUAAAUGAAAUGUGUAAGUGUAACUCGCAUAACGAAUUACUAGUACCUGUAGUACACUCUAGCAGGUAUAAGAAACCCAUACAAUUAUUAAAUAGUGAAAGUGAUUCAUUAUCAUGAACAUGUUUAAAUCUGCCAGUCUGGUGUUAGUGAAUGAUGGUAACUUGGAAAAGAAAAGUGAAAAUAUAGUGCAUGAGUUUCUUGUAACACAGCUGACAAUACUGAAGUACCACGUAGAGAAAUUGGUAUUAACAGCUGAUGACGAUAAUUUUGUGGCAAGUCAACUUAUCGAGCUUUCAAAGCAAUAUGAUAUUCUUUUAGUUUUAGGCAAUAAUAAUACAAUUCUUAAAGCUCUAUUAAGGCUAUGUGAUGAAGAUUUAAGUUUUGCUGGAAAAGUUGAGCCUAAACAUGAAUCAGUUUGUGAUUUGCCUUCCAAAGCCAAAUUACUUACAAGUAAUACACUUACUUAUCCUGUGAUAUAUUUCCAACGGAUCUUUAUUCUUAAAGAAGAAUAUGCCAAAGAUCAAUUUAAGGAAGUUUUGCAAUCUCACUUGGAGCAAUACAUUGCACCACCAUUAUAUAAGAAGUUCAUUCAAGCGUAUACUAAUGGUAAUACAAAAAGCGUUAUAGACUCAAUACACGAUUUAGUUACUGUUAAUGUACAUAAAGAACAAGACUUUGUAACUCUUGAAGUGAGCAGUGAACAGCUGACAAAUGUUGUGGAAGUAGAGCAAAUGCUAGCAAGCAGACUUGACAGACAAUUUCUAUAUUCAUAUGGGGACCAAGAAUCUUUAAAGAAAGUGUUAGAUAGUGGGGAUCAACAUAUUGUUAAGAGUUUAGAGGUCAUUGAAAGAUGCAUUACAACAUAUGGACCAGACAACACCUUUCUCAGUUUCAAUGGUGGCAAAGAUUGUACAGUUCUUUUAUACUUAGUAUAUGCCUACCUACAAGUAAAUUAUCCAGACUAUAAGAAGCAGAUGUUCUGUCUCUAUGUACAGGGCAAAGAACCAUUUCCAGAACAAGAAGAAUUCAUCUCACUGUGCCAGAUCUACUACAAUCUGGAUAUAAUGGUGGUUAGGGGUGGUAUCAAGGAUGCUUUACAGGAGGUUUUGACCACAAAGCCUAAUCUAAAGGCUUGUUUUAUGGGUACCAGGAGAACAGAUCCACAUUCAGGGGAUUUAGAAGAUAUGCAGAUGACAGAUCGCGAUUGGCCACAAGUGAUGCGAGUGAAUCCCAUUCUCGAUUGGCACUAUUCCGAUGUUUGGGAUUUUCUACUCGUCUUCAAAAUUCCAUAUUGCAAACUGUACGACUUAGGAUUCACCUCUAUAGGAAGCUCUACGAAUACGGUCCGAAAUCCGCAUCUGUCAUAUUUUGACGAUAAACUCAACACGAAAGUGUAUCUACCGGCAUAUAAACUGAUGAAGGAAUCUGAAGAACGCAGUGGUAGGAAUACGGCGAGAAAAUCUUAACAUUUGUAGUGAUCUGCUCAUUUUGUAUAUGCUUAUAAAUUUAUUUUGUCUUAGAAACAGGUCGGACCUCAAUUAUUCUAAUAUGUUGACAAUGUGAAGUCGUUUGACAUGGUAAACGACGUAAAACAUCGUUGAUUUGUCGCACUCCUUGUGUUAACAUUUCACCAAAAACGAGUACUUAGAAAAAUCUUAGUUUUUACCAAAAAAUAAUUAUGGUACUUUUUAAAAUAUUGUAUCGUCAUUUCUGUGUGCCUUGUUUAUAUCUUCUUCACCACUUUGAGUAAACAUGUUCAUUGUUCAGAACAUUUUAAUGUUAUCUAUCAUAUAACUGUUUACGGAAAAAUGAUUUUAAUCGCCGUCUUGUUUUGUCUAAUGUUCAAAAUUGGGAAAGAGUGUAGGCUGGACCAUAAGAAUACUCAGAAUUAUUUAAUUAUCCAUUGUCAAAAUGCUGAUUUGUAUUUAGUUGUACAUACAACGGAUAGUUUUGUUUCAAUAUCGUCUACACAAGAGUUUAAAAGUAUUUUGAGAUGAAGUACUAUACCAUACGCUGUAUUAAAAUUGAUAUAAUAAAUGAUAAUAUUUCGUAAUUU